GCUAACCACCAUGACCGACAAAUUUGCGGAGAAAGAUAUCUUCGGUUCAGAUUCCGAACUUUCUGACGCGCCUGAAGAGGAUUUCCCAAAGCCGCCCAAGCACAUUGGUCCUAUCCGUCCCGACGACGAGGAAACAACAGGAAGCGAGGGGUCAGCCGAUAACUAUGAAGACAGUGCACCCAAGAAGAAGAGGAAGGUUCGCCGGAGACAUGGUGGGGAUGAAGACGAGGAGGUCGCAGAGGUUGGGAGGCGGAGAACCACCCAGCGAAAGAGGAAGAGGAAGGUAGAACGAACCGAGCAGGACUUGAGUAAUCUGCCCAAGCAGGAAGCGGACAAGAUCCGCCUGGACAUGAAGAUUGAUGCCAUAUUGAAGCCAAAGAAGACUUCCCGUCCGAAGAAGAGGAAGAAGGACGAAGAUGUCCUAGAUAGGUUCGCGGACGAGGAAGUUUCGAGGCUGCGAGAAGCCAUGCUCGCUGCAGCUGAGGACGACGAAAGGGCAAACAAAGAGAAACUCCCCGCCACCGCAAAACUUCGUAUGCUCCCCGAAGUCAUGAAUGUUCUUCGCAAGUCAGGACUCUCCCAAUCCAUCAUCGACAACAACCUGUUCGAAGGCGUUCGCCGCUGGCUCGAGCCCCUCCCAGACCGCUCCCUCCCUGCUCUGAAUAUCCAAAAAGAAUUCAUGGAAACCAUCCAACGCCUCGAGUAUAUCGAUACCAACGUUCUCAUUGCCUCCAAACUCGGUCGCAUUGUUCUCUUCUAUACAAAAUGUAAACGCGUCACACCCGACGUCGCCCGCAUCGCCAACACGCUCGUAUCCACUUGGUCUCGACCAAUCAUCAAACGUUCCGCAUCAUACAGGGACAGGGAAAUCCCUCUCGCGAUCGAUAUGUUGGACGACAGCCAGGGUGGCGCUUCACAGGGUGGUACUCAGGCCCCGAGGCAGGAGAGGUUGGCGGCGAUUUUGGCGAGGGCGAAGGAGAGCGAGAAGGGCAAGGUCAGGAAGAAUGCGGUCAUGAUCCCUCAAAGAGAGUUGGGCAAUUAUUCCGUCGCGCCGAGGGCCAAUGCGGGUAUCAUGAAGCCAACGUCAAGUGUGGACGUGGACGUGGAGAGGAGGAGGAAGAACGCGGAUCGGAUGAGGAGCUUCACGAGGAGGAUCACUCAGAAGCCGUGAUGUGGUGAUGUGGGUUGAUUAUGCUGGUACUCAGGUUGUUGGUUCGUCUUCCUGUUUUUCGCUUCACAGUGUACAUGUAUGUCUGUGCGUUUUACUUUCGUCUCUCCAUCAGUUUGAUUCCUUGGAGUAUCUCCAUAAAUAUCACACUGUUUUCGGC